GUGGCUGGAGUGGAUGGGGCAACUGGGCGGAGUGCAGCAGUGAAUGUGGAGGCGGAGUCCAGACGCGCACACGCACCUGUCAAUCACCACCUGAGGAGGCAUACCUGUGCGAGGGUGUUCUAGAGGAAGGUCGUCCCUGCAACUCUCAGCCGUGCACCGGCUACAGGCAGUAUUCCUCUAAAGGCAAGGGUUUAAGUCCAGUGAAAUACAAGGAAAUGCAAGAGGCCAUGCUUGGCAGAGGCCGACUUGGCACUCGUAGCCAAUCCCUGCGCUCGGUGGACAGCCGUAAACGAGAGGACUCUGAUAAGACCCGCAGCGGACAGCAGUCUUCCCAAACAGUGGAUCCUCCGUCGGGUGGGGAGUGGUCUGCGUGGAGCGUGUGUUCGACCACGUGCGGUGAGGGCUGGCAGAGCCGCACACGCCUAUGCAUCUCGGUGCCGUACAGCACGCAGUGCAGCGGGCCGCUGCGUGAACAGAGACCCUGCAAUAACACUGUUGUGUGUCCAGCCGCUCUGAUUACAGUGCACGGGUCGUGGGAUGAGUGGACUCCAUGGAGCUUGUGUUCUUCAACGUGCGGCCGUGGGUACAGGGACCGCACUCGCUCCUGCAAAGAGCCGCAGUUUGGAGGAAACCCCUGCGAUGGUCCAGAGAAACAGACCAAAUUCUGCAACAUUGCUGUAUGCCCAGUGGAUGGUGUAUGGAAUGAGUGGUCCAGCUGGAGUUACUGUUCCUCGUCCUGUUCAAAUGGAACAAUGCAGCGCACUCGGGAGUGUAACGGGCCCUCGUAUGGGGGUCUGGAGUGUCAGGGUGAGUGGCGUCAGACAAGAGACUGCUUCCUCCGAGAGUGUCCUGUGGAUGGCCAAUGGCAGCUCUGGAGCUCUUGGGCUGGUUGUACCAAGACAUGUGGUGGAGGAAGCCAGCAAAGACAGAGGGUGUGUUAUGGUCCCUUUUUUGGGGGGGAGCCAUGCCCAGGGGACAGAGAGGAAGUUAGACGUUGCAAUGAGAAGAGAUGUCCAGAGCCGCAUGAGAUCUGUGAUGAGGAGAAUUUCUCUAACGUAGUUUGGAAGAAAACACCUGCAGGGGACACUGCAGCUGUCCGCUGCCCUCCGAAUGCUGUAGGACUAAUUCUUCGGCGAUGUUCGUUGGAUGAUGAAGGCAUUGCAUACUGGGAGAACCCAACGUACAUUAAAUGCAUCUCAAAUGAUUACCGAAGUAUCCAAACAUUGACCAGAGAUCAUCUGUCCAAGGCUCAACGAGGGCUUGUGGGAGACGGGGUCUCUGAAGUCAUGACCAAGCUGAGGGUGACGUCAAGUGAUGGAACAAGCUACAGCGGAGACCUUCUGGCUAUCAUGGACGUACUGAAAAACAUGACAGAGAUAUUUAGGAGGUCCUACUACAGCCCCAGUAAUGCAGACAUGAGGAAUUUUGUGCAAUCAGUGAGUAACUUACUGAUGGAGGAAAACAGAGAGAGGUGGGAGGAAGCACAGCUGCUUGGGCCCAAUGUUAAGGAGCUUUUUCGUUUAGUGGAGGACUUUGUGGAUGUCAUCAGUCUCCGCAUGAAGGACUUCCAGGAUACUUAUGAGGUCACCGACAAUCUGGUGUUGAGUAUUCACAAGCGGCCUGUCGCAGGAAAUGCAGAUAUCACUUUCCCCAUGAAGGGGUGGAGGGGGAUGGUGGACUGGGCUCGCAACUCAGAGGACAAAGCCAGAGUGGCUAAAAACAUCCUGGUCACUGGAAAACCAGAUGAAGAUGACGCCUCAGCAUUUGUGACUGGUAUCGUACUGUACAGAAACUUGGGCAGUAUUCUCUCUCUACAGAGAAAUAGCACAGUGCUGAACUCCAGGGUGAUAUCUGUGACAAUCAAACCCACUCCCAGCUCCCUCUCAACUCCACUAGAGAUUGAGUUCUCACACCUUUACAAUGGUACCACAAACCAAACCUGCAUUUCCUGGGAUGAGAAUGACAGCUCGUCGUUGCUGGGCUCCUGGUCUGCGCGAGGCUGUAGAGCCGUGCCCGUCGACUCCAGCACAACCAAAUGCUUGUGUGACAGACUCUCCACCUUCGCCAUUUUAGCACGCCUCAAUCCCGAUGUGAACAUGGAUAAGACCCAGCUUCCAUCUGUGACACUGAUCGUGGGCUGCGGGGUCUCGUCCCUCACCCUGCUCCUCCUCAUCAUCAUCUAUGUGUCUGUUUGGAGGUACAUCCGCUCAGAACGCUCUGUCAUCCUCAUCAACUUUUGUCUGUCCAUCAUCUCCUCCAAUGCACUCAUACUUAUCGGACAAACUCAGACACGGAACAAGGUUGUUUGUACUCUUGUGGCUGCAUUUCUGCACUUUUUCUUCCUGUCCUCUUUCUGUUGGGUUCUCACGGAGGCAUGGCAGUCUUACAUGGCUGUGACUGGCCGUCUUAGAAACCGCAUCAUACGCAAACGUUUCCUCUGCCUUGGUUGGGGUUUACCUGCUCUCGUUGUAGCAAUUUCUGUUGGAUUUACCAAGGCAAAGGGAUAUGGCACUGUUAACUAUUGCUGGCUGUCUCUGGAAGGCGGAUUGUUGUACGCAUUUGUGGGACCAGCUGCUGCUGUCGUCUUGGUUAACAUGGUUAUCGGGAUUCUGGUUUUUAACAAACUGGUGUCUAAAGAUGGCAUAACUGAUAUGAAACUCAAGGAGAGGGCCGGAGUUACCACAGCAUCCCCUCGCUCACACUCAGGGCUCUCCUCUCUGCCCCGCCCACCCGACACUGAUUGGCUGAGAUGCAGGUCCGUCCACCCUCUAAUUUACAUGCUGGUACAAGAGGCAGUAAAGUGUCGUGUUGUUGACCGUCAAGAGGAUGGAAAUGGUGACUCUAAUGGAUCUUUCCAGAACGGCCAUGCUCAGCUGAUGACCGACUUUGAAAAGGAUGUGGACAUGGCUUGUCGAUCAGGCACCCUAAAGCGUUCCUCCCAACAAGGUGAAGAGAAGGUAGCUUCACAGCAGAUCACGGUACAGAAAGGCUCCAAUUUCAACACUCUUCCUGCCAGCAUGGCAAAGGUCCACCUGCAAAACGUCGCUGACUACGCCAGCCACACUCUCACCAUGCGCCGCGACAAAGGCGGCAUUGCCGGGGUCAGUACCGAGCUACCCGGAGCCAAAUCUAUUUACAUCUGUGACGGCGAGCUCUUCAAGCAACUGGAUGGAGCCCAGGGAGACAGCGGCGGUCCCGAAGGAGGAGGAGGUGGGUCAGGCCAGGGUUACGUUCUCUUGCCCAACAACAACAACACCCUUAGGCCCACAAAGGGUGGCAAGGAUGACCAAGCCACUAAGUACAACAUCAGCAUCGAACAGUUACCCCAGACCAGGCUCAUCCACCUGGCCAAACCCGCUGGCACCGAUCCCGUGCCAGGCUUUGGGUUGAAGAGCCUGCCCACUGACCGAGUCAGCAUUUCCUGCUCAGAGAGGGACUCCCCGGUGCAGACAAUGCAGAACAUCUCCAGUGAGUCCCAGAUGGCAAAUACGUGUGAGCAAGGGGACUCUGGGAACUCCGGAAUGAUGUCUAAGAGUGAGACCGUCUCAACACUGUCUAUGAGCUCUUUGGAGAGACGAAAAUCACGCUAUGCAGAGCUGGACUUUGAGAAGAUCAUGCAUACACGGAAGCGCCACCAGGACAUGUUCCAGGACUUAAACAGGAAGCUGCAGCAUGCAGAGAAGGACAGAGAUUCUCCCCCAGUGGACGGGAAGACUGGGAAGAGAUGGAGCGUGUCGUCAGGAGGCAGCGAUAAAACCAAUCUUAGUGACAAGCAGCAGACCCCCAGUAAGCGGGUGUGGGAGGGCAUCAGGAAGACCCACUCACCACCGUCAUGGUUGCGUAAGGAGCUGGAGCCUCUACAGGCCUCUCCUCUGGAAAUGCAAGCGGUGGAAUGGGAGAAGGCCAGCGCCACCAUCCCUCUGGUGGGCCAAGAGAUCAUGGACCUGCAGACGGAGGUCUGAGAGACCCCCAGAGAAUUCAGAGAAACAGAACAAACUCUACUCGCAGGAAAAAGGGACAAAGAGAGGGAAUGAGAUUUGAGAGAGCGGACAAACAAAAGUAUGCAAGAAAGAGAGAGAAAGCAACAUGGCUGUGCAAUUUUCAUUUGUGAUGUUUUGUUUUUUUGUAAUCCUGGAAUGGCCUUUUCCUUAAUGUCAAAGCGAAUCAUAACACUUUCGAAAAUCCAGGUCUGAGCCUGUUGCUGUGGUAAUGAGCUGGCGCUACCAAGAACGGCUGAACUGGGCAAGUUGAAUGCUGGGAGUGACUGACUGAAGGGAAGGACUGGAAUUCAGAAUGAGAGCAGAUGAGCCUUAGUGAGUGGCCUUCAAUUUCUUACACCUCUGGAUACACACACAACACACAUAUUAGUGAUCAUGUCACAUUUAUGGAAGAGAGAGAAGUAGCGCUACAACAGAAAGCUUUCAAACUGCCCGGUAGGAAUCAGGUGAGCUACACGUCAUUCAAAAUCAAAUUCUUGAAUAUUAUUAGUCUUAUUAUCAUCGUUGUUGAUCAGUGUGACACACAACAGAUGCGUACGCUUGGGGCGCAAGAGGCGACGUGAUUGCCCAAAGCCAUUUGACUGUUAAUCGGUCUCAAAUGCCCUUCUGAGCCAGUACAGCCCACGGCUUCACCACUGUGCUGUCCCGUGCACCACACCGACCUCGGGAUCCUUUGAAAGUCAGUCGACACCGAAGCGACUUCAGCGUAAGAUUCAGCUUGGAAGCGGGUCAGUGGUCCAGCUGGUGGGUUCAUGAGAACCGACACGUCUUCAUUCGCUUGAUGUUUUCAUCAGUAUCACUGGAGCUGAGAGACCUGAAACAAACUGCUGAGUCUCAGAAUGCGUGCAGAAUCAUGUUUGAAAGAGAAAACGGAGAUGAAUAUGAAUAUAUAAAUAUAUAUAUAUAUAUUAUAAAUAGUCUUAUAUAUGAAACUGCAGAGGGGUGUUAUUCUCUGGUUAGGUUGUGGUCGCACACAGAGAAAGCACAAGACUCACUCCUCAGAGUCCUGUUGUACAGCAUUGUAAUUAUUUACUGAAGAGUUCUACAAAAUGAAUUUUAGCCUAUAAAUAUCUUUCUUACUGUGCUUGGGGAAUAUUGUUAACAUUAUUAUAGAUAUCAUUGCGAUUCUGAGACCCCCCAAAUCUCAUUGGGUUACUGGACUUUAUCAGUGUUCUGUAACAUCAUGUAACGGUGUGUAUUUUGGUAUCACUGACUGUCACUCCAGAUGAUACGUACUUGCCUGAAUUCUCCACCAUCAACCCCUCCUUCUCCUCCUCUCCCUCCCCUCCCUGCCUUUCCACACUCCCUUUUUUAAGUUCACUGGGGUUUCUUUGUUAUUGUACAGUUUUCAGAGCACAA